AAGCUGAGACGUGAUCAUGGGCGGAUGGUGACGCCCGCUGCUCCGCGAUAGUAGUGUGUUACCGCGUGUGACAAAGCAUGGUCUGGACGCGUCGUGGUAGUGUGGUAGUGAUGUGGUGCGCGGUGGUGAGUGUGGUGACGGUGCUGUUGGUCACCGCGCCGUCAGUGGAGGCCUUCGGGGGCAUCAUCGCUGACAAUGUCGUGUACGACGUGAGCGGGUCGCCCUACGUGAUAACGCAGGAUAUCACCAUAGAGAAAGGGGGAGUCCUCACCAUCGAACCCGGAGUCUCCGUUACGUUCGAUCCGGGUGUUGGCAUGACUGUCAAGGGAAUCCUACGAGCUGAGGGCACCCCGACGAAUAGGAUUAAGCUGACCAGCAGCCAGCCUCCGGGCGCCCCUCUCAGGGAGACGGGCCUCAGGCUGGUCGACGGCCCCACGCCUCUGCAGGGGAGGCUCCAGAUGUACUACAAGGACAAGUGGCGCUCGAUAUGCUCCAAUUCAAGAAACUGGACGGCGGAGGACAGGGGCGUGGCGUGUCGGCAGAUGGGCUACACGGGCGGCAAGUACUGGGAGUGGCACGACAGGGCCAACAACGACACGGCGGCCAUCCUGUACGAGGCACCGCGCUGCUCGGGCAUCGAGGACGACAUCACCAAGUGCGCGUGGAGCACUCACUCCAUGGGGGGAGGCGUGUGCGACAUGCACCCUGACAUCGGGCUGGACUGCGACGGCGUCCACGCCCUCUGGAAGGGGACGAACUACUGGCGAGGAAUCAUGUUCCAAGAUGCUGAGUACGAGGAGCAUCUCUUUCAGGAGAACACACUAUACCAGAAAGUCUCGAAGUCUAUUCUGAGUUACGUGGACCUGGACUACGCGGGGAUGGGGCCGCAGCGCGAGGCCGAGUCCGCUAUCAUGAGCCGGAAGGUCCCGCCUCGCAUCAGUCACGUGACCAUCUCCAACAACGCCUUCAAUGGCAUCAACGUCACGCUGCCUGGUACCUUCUUCCACCUGCAGGAGUCGACCAUCUCGGGAAAUAAUGGCUACGGCGUGUACAUCAACUCCUCGACGGGCUCGGUGCUGGUGAACGACAACACGAGGGUGUCCGACAACCGCGGCGACGGCAUCAAGUACAACUUCCACCGGCGGGAGCCCGACCGCUCGGCCUCCGACACCUUCCAGGACUUCUGCUCGGGGGCGUCCAACCCCAACCAGGCCUACCCGAUCGUCACCGUUUACAACCAGGACAGGUUCUCCCUCAACGACCUCACGUGCAGCAGGAAAUUUUACAUCUCCAAAACCGACUUCGUCUUCUCAGUCCACUUCACGUACAUGCAGACGGACGAGGUCGCGGCCGGCACCGUAGAAGUCAGGGACCGUGACGAAUGGGGCGACCUGCUCACCAAGUUCGAGAUCAGGAACGGCACGUACCCGCCGUCCGUCGUGUCCCGCGGCAACAGGCUCUUCAUCAAAGUGUCCGCCAAGAGGAUGAGGCAGAGCGUCGUCUUCAUGGAGGUUGUUGCUAGUAAAUAUAAAAUGUUCGACUUGAGCCUCCAGAACUCGUUCGUGGCCAACAACAGCGGCCAUGGCGUCGCCGUGGAGAACAUGCGCAGCCUCGUGCACGUGCACCACUCGAACCUGACCCGCAACUUCUUCGGCUCCGGCCUCAACGUCCGUGGGGGCGCCGGCGACGUCAACGUGACGUACUCGACCGUGGACCAGAACGUGGGCGACGGCGUCAACAUCACGUACGAGGGCGGCCUGCAGAACGUGUCGUGGAGUCGCAUCGCCAACAACGACCUGCGCGGCGUCGCCGUCUGGUUCAACGAGAGUGGCCUGGACACGCAGAUCCGCCAGGAGACGGCUGUGGCUUAUUCGGCCAUCGAGGGCAACGUCGACGUGGGCGUCCGGGUCGGGAACUUCUGCAGGGAGGCCUUCGUCAACAUCAGCGGAAAUCACUUCUCGGAGGGGCAGGCGGCGGCGCUCGAGGUCGAGUCCUGCUGGCUGAAGGACGGGGAGCUCCGCACCGUCCAGAUCGGCCAAAACCUCUUCAACAGGAACCACCGCCUGGCCAUCAAGAUCUGCCCGGCUGUCAACAUGAACCUCACGAUCGAGUACAAUGAAAUGAACGAAAACGACCGCGGAACUCUUAUGAUCUACAACGAGGACAAGGUGGAGCUGCUGCUGCUGCCCUUCGCGGGCCUGAUCAGGAGGAACAACAUCAAGUACAACACGGGCUGGUUUGUGCUGCGUCUGGGCCUCACGCUGCGGGGCCUCGACCAGAGCCUCAUCGUCCAGAGGAACGCCAUCAAAGACAACGUUGUUCAGGAACUCUACAGCAACAUUCAGUCCCGCAGCCGCUCGGCCGGCGUGGUGUGCGUGGGCUCGUCGAAUGUCGUCCUGUACCGCAACCUGAUCGACAACCCCGGCUCGCGCUACGAGAUCAGCUCGCACGCACGGGACCAGAGCAUGCCCAUCAACGCCACCUUCAACUGGCUGGGCAGCAAGCGGGAGACGGACAUCUUCGAGCGCAUCCUGGACCGGCGCGACCGCUACAACCUGGCCCUCGUGCUGUUCCACCCGUUCCUCCUCAGCAGCACCAACGUGGACACGCCCGUCACGGAGCCGGGCCAAGUGAGCGAGCCGGAAUUCUUCGACCCGACGAACGACCGCAUCAUCGGCGGCGAAGUCAACGGCGAAAUCACGCUACACGACGGGGUCUACACCGUCACGCGCGACAUCUACGUCCACGACACGGGCACGCUCACCAUCGCCUUCGGGUCGACUCUGGAAUUCGCGGAGGGCAUGGGCAUGAUGGUCGCCGGCCUCCUGAGGACGGAGGGAUCCGGCGCAGAGGCCGUUCGCUUCACGCUCAGGGGCACGACAGCGAAGGAACAAGAGGCCGCCAGGGCACUCCUGAUGAAGGAGGACGACCUGCUGGCGCUGAACACUACGGAUGCUCUGAACAUGACCGCGGACGGCAUGGCAGCCAACUUCACGGAGGGACCGGCCGUCCCCGUCAAGCUGGUCGGCGGAAAAGACGAAAUGGAGGGCCGCCUCAUGGUGUACAUCGGCACGGAGUGGGGCACGGUGUGCAACCACGGCUGGAAGGAGGAGAUGGCGGCCGUGGCGUGCCAGCAGAUGGGCUACGUCUUGAAUCCUGAGGACUGGUUCAUUGAGUACGGUUCUAUGCCGCCAGAGGGACAGGAUGCUAGGAUUCUGCUCAGCAACUUGCAGUGCGACGAGUUCGACACCGACCUGACGCGUUGCAAGAGCGACAAUUUCUGGGAGCUGGAGAACUCGUGCUCGCAUGCAGAGGACGUGGGCAUCCGCUGCUACCCGCCUACUUGGUCGGGCAUCCGGCUGGGCAUGACUGCGCACGAGAGCCACAUGAAGGGCGUGGUCAUUGAGAAGGCCGGGCUGUUGGACUACACGACGCGCUCCUUCAAGCCGGCCCUGCAAAUCGACUUCCACCACCACGUCAUCCAAGAGAUCGAGGUCCGCGACAACUCCCAGGACGGAAUCGGCGUCAUCUACAGCAACCAGUACGCUAUCGCCAACCCGGAGGCGCGAGUGUUCAAGGGGUGUACUUUCGCGAGGAACAAGCGCCAUGGCAUCAGCAUGAGGCAGCUGGGGGUCAACAUCACAGGAUCUUUCUUAAAAGAAAAUUCAGGUUCGGGCCUUCAUUUCAACCCAUUCCUGACCCGAAUUGAACAGAGAGAGUUGACCGGAUGGAUGAAACUGAAGGAAGAGAAUUACAUUAAAAUUCCAGAUAACCCAUCGCCGAUUGUCCUGACGAGCAACAACCCGAAGGUGCUGAUCACGCAGGAGCUGAGGGGGAGGCAGGCGUCGGUCACCCUCCACGUGUCUACGCAGCAUUCCAAUGUGAUCGGAAUUCAAGUACUCAAUCCUAUUGUACCCGAAAGCACCGAACAAAUUGUGAUUUACGACUAUCAGGAGAUCAUUGAGAGUGAGGAUAUUGCCCGGUGGGACGUCCGCGGGGACCUGGUGGCCUUCCCGACGACCUCGGGGAGUUACGCCAUCACCCUCCAGUACGCCUCGGGCCCCUUCGCGCUCGGUGACGUCAUCAUCAUGCUCACGGCCGUCGAUCGCAAAGACAUCGCCCAAGCUGGAGAUCUUCGCAACUUCCGGUCCAAAUGGCCGAUGGUGUACAUUGAAGAUUCGCAGAUACGUAAUAAUGACAUCGGAAUAUCCACCUUGCAUUAUAACAGGUAUCUGACCGACGACGAGGACCACUUGCUUCGGUCCGCAAACGAGAGCAUUCUGGUCAUGAACUCCCAAAUCAUCGACAACAAGAACCAGGCCGUGUACACCCUGUCCCCCUUCAGAGCGAGGAUGGACAAUGAUGACAUCGGCGAAAUCACGUUCAUGUUUAACAGCACCACGAUCUCAGGGAACGGAAGGGGCAUCGAUCAGUACAGCUGGGAUGUUCGCGAAUCCAACAACCUCUUCAACUGGAUUCUUGAGGGCGUCGUCAUGCAGAACAACGGCGGCGGCGGCGUCAACCUCGUGCUGCCCUACGUGUGGCAGUACAGCGAAAACUUUACGCAUACCGUCUACGUCAACGCAUCGACGUUCGUGAACAACGCUCAAUUUGGGUUCCAGGUGGAUGGCCACUUCGCUCGCAUCAACGUGACUUACUCGAAGUUUGAACAGAAUACCUGCUAUAAAGGAGUUAUGUCCCUGAAGGGCAUGGAGAAGGAGCUGUUCAUUCACGACAAUGAAAUCAUGUCCAACAUCGGUUCUUACGUGGUGGAGUUCGACACGGAUAGCCAGAGCGGUAUUCUUGGCGUCGUCAGUGCCUACUUUGAAUACAACAGAGUGCAAGGGAACAGGCACAUGACCCAGCUGAGGAGCAGCACAUCCCGCGCAUACCAGCCGGCAAGUUACACUAUAGCUGUUCGAGGAUUGCAGAAAAUCAACAUCACGCACAAUCUGUUCGGCUCCAACGAGAUGGACUACGAGCUGCUGGCAGGGCUGUACACGAGCAGAAUCGACAACUACCUCAACGUGGAGGCCAACUGGUGGGGUUCGCGAGACCCGGACGUGAUUCGCGAGAGGAUCUUCGACUUCGACGACUGGAACAAUUUCGCCCUUGCGGACUAUCUGCCGUACCUCAUCGAAGACAGCCUCUCGGCGCCUGUGUCGUCUGUGGGGGGAGCGGGAACCGACAGGAACGUGAUGGACCUGAAUUCUCUAGGAGGGCGCCUUAUGCAGGACCUGAGGUUACCAAGACGCUCGCAGCCGUACGUCGUGAAAUCCGAUCUCACCGUGAUGCCCGGAGUGACCCUGGUGAUCGAACCCGGGGCCACGCUCGAGUUCUUCCCGAGCGUUGGCAUUCUUGUGCUGGGCCGCCUGGAAGCCGUCGGGAGGCGGGACGACCGCAUCAUCAUGAGGCCCAUCGACACGUCCACCGCCACGCAUUACCGCGUCGGUCGGCAGACGAGGUCGUCUCUGGAGGCUGUAAGGCUGUGCGUGGAAGGGCAGUGUGAAGGAAGACGAGAUGGAUUCCUUGACAUAUUCAAUGGAACCACUAAGCAGUGGGUUCCUAUCUGCGACGAUCGUUUCACCGAGCGAAAUGCCGAAGUCGUGUGUCAUCAGCUGGGUUAUAAUAAAGUCAACAUUUUCUAUAGUCGCAACAAACGAACGGAAAUGUUUCCCAGCGCUCUUAUCCGCAUCAGGUCAUGGCCAGACCCAAUCCAGUGUGAUGGCUCUGAGUCGAGACUGGACGAGUGUCCGCUUCGGAUGAAUGGCCAGAUAUACGACCACAGCUACGAAUGUGCCUGGAAUGGCGACUUCGUCUACGUUUCGUGCGGGGAACAUAAUUUGGAGAAUGAUCUUCAGGAAUAUUGGGGCGGUAUCAGAUUCUCAGUGCCGAAUUUCGAGCACAUGGAUGUGUACCACAGAUUGCACCACCAGCACGACCCGGGCAACAUCCACACUCACCCCUACAUCCACGGCAAGUCUGAAGUCAGCAUAAACCCCUCUGUCAUGGAGUGGGUGGACAUCAUCGGCGCAGGAAUCCUACACAAUGACAAGUCGCCAGCCGUCAUGUCUUUCCACGAUACGCCUUCUCUGCGCGGAGUGACGGUCAGGAACUCUGCUUAUGAUGGCGUCUCCAUUGUCUCGGCAACGAAGGGAUUCGAAAUGCUUUAUAACAAAUUCGUAAAUAACCUGGGCGUGGGCAUCUCGCUCCUGGGCUUGACAGGGGAGACCCGCGAGACCGAGGAAUCCUCCUUCUUCCCGGUGGCCAAAGUGCGCCUCCCGUACCACAUGUUCGGAAUGGUGGACAUGUGCGACUCCACCAAGGAACUCAUGAUCGAAGAGAGGAUCCUGCUGUAUUACAAGUACGAUAACAGGCCCGUGGACUGCGUGAAGAUAUUCUCGUCCGUGUUCAACGUGAAGAAUUUCGGUUUCAGGCUCCUGCAGUACAACUCCUACAACUCCACCAUGGAUCCUAUGAUGCCGGAUCGCAUUGUCCUCUAUGAUGGCGAUAUCUACAACUACACGACGGAUGUCUUCGCCGAAAUCCACAUGAACAGCAACAACCUGAUGAAGUUCUUUAAGACGGAGGGAACGAGCAUCUCCGUCGAACUUCAUGCUACGGGAGCCUCAGGGGAUCUGGGAUUCGUGGCUGAAGUGGUGACGCUUCCCAUCUCUAAUCUGGGAAUCAACCGUAACAUCCUCCACAACAUGACAUACAACGAAUACUAUAACAAUGGCGAGGGCGCUAUCUUCGCGGCCACAGCUGGUGAGGUGAAUCCUUGGCUGUGUUUCUCGUACAGCCGUAUAGAAAAUAAUGGUAAGCAAUUGUAUGGAAACUUCACCACCACGAGAGCAGCUAUCCACCUCGACCUACAGAACAUGCAAGAUGUCUACAUCAAGAAUAACUUGAUACGGAACAACACAGGAGGUGCGUACAUCUUAGCAGGGUCCAUGGGAGCAGCAACAAAACUGCAAGCCAACAUCACCAACAACCUGUUCGAGGCCACACAGCACUGGCCGGCCCUCUACGUCGCCUCCCGGGAGAACUCUGCGUACCAGCACGCCCUCAUUGCCUAUAAUGACUUCAGUUGGUCCGAUAGUCCUUACCACGAUGUCGUUACUUUGGCUCAGGUUGUCUCCAUCUUCACCCACAAUUACGUCCACAGCAACCUUGGAAGACACAUCUUGGACAUUUAUGGAUUCCAGAAGGUUCGCCUGCCAGUCUACCAAACCACCUCGCAUAACAGUUUUGCCAAGAACAUCGCUGUUGACCCAACUUACCAGGGUACUGUUAUAGCUGGGAGCGCAGGCCAGCAGUUUGUGGAGAACGUUUUCUAUAAUUUGGAUAACGCUUAUGAGGUUGUUGCUGUAAAUGAAUCCGUACGCUGCAACUCCUCUACAGAAUGUUCAGAAAUGGACGUCUACAUGGAAUCGGGUCAGGAGAGAUCUGAUGUGUGGAAGACACCUAUUGAUGCUCGCAACAACUGGUGGGGCUUCAACACUUCUGUGGCUGUGUCUGGCCGUAUCCAUGAUAAACUGGAUGAUGAAACACUGCUGAGUGUUGAUUAUAGCCAGUGGAAGUUGAACAACUACACGCUGCUUCAAGGAUGUGAGCCAGGCUAUUCCUCAGUGGGUGAUGCAUGUUAUUUGUAUGUGGGGUCUCCAGUUACCUAUGAAGAAGCUAAAGCGUUCUGCAAAAAGGACAAUGCAUCCCUGCCUUUCCUACAGAAGUGGUAUUGGGAAGUACAGUACUGGAUCCUAUCUCAGCAACCUGAGUAUCUUUGGGAAUAUGACAUGGUUUGGGUUCAGCAUCUUGAUGUGGUCAGUGGAUGCGCAGCUUUUGUCUACAGACAAGUUCGUUCAGUUGACUGUAGUCUAAACCUUCCCUUUAUCUGUGAAUCUGAUCCUGAUGAAACAAUUGACAAGUUUGCUUGGGCAUCUGACACUUUGGCACUGGCUGCCAUUGCUGCCACAGCUGGUUGCCUUAUUCUGGUUGCAGCCUGUGUAUCGUGCUGGGUAUGCAAGUCCCGCCAACGACGCAAGGAACGGAUAAUCCGCAGAAAUUCUAUCCGUGCUUCCAUCCGCUCUAAUAGGUCUGCCAUGUCAACCACCAGUGGAGGGUUCAGUGACACUGGGAGAAGAAGAAUAAUCCAGGACACUCAGAGAGCAAUUCCCAUGAAGGGUACAAGCUCAGAUGAUGGUGCUGCAAGAGUCAACGGCAUUCAUGGAUCCUUUGAUUCUAUCACCAAGUCCAACUUCAACUCCUCAGUUGAUGAGGAUCCAAGCUUUGUAGUUUAUGAAGAAGGAACGCACUCGCCACCAAGAUACACCUCUGAAUUAGACAAUAGAUUUGCCAGGGAUCCAAACUUGGAGAAUGCCAAUGUUAAUGCCAUGGUUCACCCGAGCUUUAAUAUGACCUUCCAAAACCAGGGAUUCAGAGACAACUCCACUUUUGCUUCCCGAGAGAAUAGCACCUUUAUCUCUCAGGCUCCCUCUGAACAGUGGAAUGGAUCAAAUAAUAACAUUGCUCCUUCAAGCACAACCUCUAGUUUCAAAAACGAAUCACUCCAUGGCUCAAACCAGCAGUUGGGUCCCAGCAGCAAUGCCACAGACUCAACACUUGAGAUGAAGAAGGAGAUGGACCUAGCCAGAGACACACAAGACCCACACUUGGCUGCGACCCUACCAAGAGAUCAAGCACCACCCUUCCACUAUGUUUCAGCAGAUGUUCUGUCAGGAAGAAACUCAAAUGCAGCGUCUGUAGACUCACAAGACUUUUUCUCUCAAGGUCGGUCACAAAGUCAGCCUCUGGAGACAGCGAUGUAAGAUAGAUCUAUAAUCUUGUUAUACAUUUUGAUGGAAAGAUAAAACUAUUUUGAGGUACCUAUGGUUACUUCAGUGUGAAUGUUUUUAGUACAAAAUGGAUGGUUUUCAAUCUUGUUCUUAUAUCAUCUUGAGGGGAGAGAAUUGAGUAUAUCUACUCAUGAUUUACCAAAUAUGUCAUUUAUAAUAUGGUUACUGAAGGUGUGGCAAUUACACAGUUAAUAGAAUAGAUAAAAAUAUUUUUCCAAUUAAUCUGGAAAUUCUUUGUAGUGUAUAUAUCUGAUUUGAUCUCAAACUCUGGCAUCACAGAUACCAGUGUAUGGAAAAUAGUGCAGUAACUCUAAAAACUCUGAAAAAGAAGAAGGAUUGUCUUACAAUCUGCCGUAAUGAGACCAGCCUAGUUUUGUAUCUGUAAAGACUGUAUUCUAUAACCUAGUCAAGUUUUGCAAUGAAAAAUGAAAAAUUGGCAAAAUAGUGUUGCUCUGUUGCUUCCAGUUGUGUAUUUCAUGGUAAAGCAUUUGAUUUAAAAUUUAGUUGUAAACAUACCUUUGUCAUUCCAAAUAGAUGUCUAAAAUAUAAUUCCUACGAACAAUCUUAGGCACAUCGUAUUUCUGGCAUUAUUUCAGUUGUAAAUAAUGAUGGACAGUUGUCUUAUCAGGGCUUGCAGCAAAGAUAUACAUUAACUUCUUAUAUUAUUUUGUACUUCUUUGUAUUUUCUGCAUUAUUUUAUACUUGACAGGUCACAAACAUAAAUACAGAUUUCUUUUUUUCUUUCUUUCUUUUUUCUUCUUCUUUUUUUUUUUUUUUGCUUACCCAAAACAUUUUUUUAGGUUGUAUAAUUAACAAAGUGUAAGAUUUAUUGCCCAGUAACAGUCUAUCUGAAAUGUAUGAACCAAGAUUCAGUAACCAAUCCUGAUGCAGUCUUCAUCAUCAAUGUAAUUACUCAAUUAUUGUGACCAUGGGUAAAAUAAGCUGUUCAGUCGUAUUGUGAAUGAAAGCUUCUGUAUAUAGUAAUAACAUGCAACAUUGCAAUCUGAUCUUGUUAAAUGUAUCAUACUUGCUUCUGUCAUUGGUUUUGCAGCCAGAGACAAUCCUCUGUGGAAUAUGACUGAAAGAGAACUAUUUAUGCUCUACUGUAUUUUGUACAUAUUGUUAUGGUGUUUUUUAAAAUGAAUAUUUGAAUGCUGUAUUUUGUACCCAACUAAACACAAGUGAUUUGCAUCUUCCAGUUUUAUCAAAAGUUCCUUUUAUCAAUACAAAUGAAACAAGGUAGGCAAUUGAUAAUGCUCUAUUACUUCCAUCAACAGCUAAAGUUAAACAAUUAUAGAUUUUCUCUACAUUUUGAAAUAGUGUAUUUGAUAAGAACCUUUGAUUAGAAGAGCUGAGCUUGUAACUGUGAUGGAAUUAGUAUCAGUCAGAAGAAAAAGUAGAUAAAAGGUAGAUAUAUUAAUCUAUUAUAUUAUAUACACAAAAAAUACUUUGUGCUUGUAGUUCCGUCCAAAGUUAAGGGAUUUACAAAAAAAAUAUUAUUUUAUGUGUUAAAUACAAAGGACAUCACAUAACCAAACAGUCUUCUAUAUUGCAUAGGAAUCCUUUUGAAUGGGAAACAUGUAUGUUUUAAAUUGGUGUAACUAGUCACUGCAUGUGUUUAUGUAUGUAUGUAUGUAUAUAUAUAUAAUGGCAUUUUAGUUUAUGAUUAUACCAGUAAAUAUGCAUUUCAAAUUUGCUCAUUAGAUUUUUUUUAGAAGUAUUCUUGUACAAACACUGAAUUUUUAUACUGUAACGGGUCAGUGGCCAGGGUGUGGGUUUGUCAGCAAAUGUUCAUCAUAAUUCAAUCAUCAUCCUUAGCUUAGUUGCAGUUGUGUAGUCUCUAGGACACAUUUCUCUGCUGACUGCCCAUUCCUCAGCUGCUGCCCAGUGUGUAUGCAAUGUCCAGAUAUUCCUGCCAAAUAACACAACCCGUCACAACAUAUGCAUAUGUAAUGAACCAGUGGCACUUUGGCACCUUCAGCAGUCACUACAGACUCUGAAAUCACACUGGCAUCCUUGUGCCUUCCAAAAAGCACCUGUGCCUUGUCCUGACCCCACAGUAUGUGGAGGGACUCUUAGAAUUACUGCGCCUUCUAGUAGCGGUUUUCUUUUCCUUCUUUUUUUGUGCAGCUUUAAUGAUAUUCACAUUUUGAUGUGAAUAUAUAGGAAAAGUGGUUGCAAUGUGUACUUCUGAGUUCAGUUUUACUCCUCGUUUUGGCAUUUCUAACAAUUUAUAACAAUCAAGUCCUUUUAUAAAAAAAUGAUUUUCAUAGAAGCAACAUAUUUAUAAUAGUAACUAUCAUAUAUAGAUUUUUACCAUACAUAUUAACUACCACUUGUUAGAACCUCUGAGUAAAACAAUGUAACUCGUUUCAGGUGUAUCACCUGUUUUAGGGACUGAUAAAUUGUGAUAGAAUUAUAUGUUCUUCUAAUGGUAAACUUUGAUAUUCAAAUGUUUCACUUGAGUCAUUCAAAAGAUGAAACACUAGUUUUGGGGUUAUCCAUCUUGUGGGAUAGUGAACUUGUCUGUGGUGAUUUACAUGAUGAUGAAGUAAUAUAGGUUAUUUGAAUGUUUGUCACAAAUGCUGUAGAAUAGUUUUUAUACAUGUAAAUUUGUAAAAUAAAUUAUUUAAGAAUG